CAGGUCCACGUUUUUUUUCCCCUAAGCAAUGACCAGAGAAGUUGAGUGUGAAACGGCGCUCUGGCCAGUUAGUUGAGUGUUAGUGCGAGUCACAAUGGAUGCCAUACCUUGUUGUUUAGUGUUAUUUACGCUUCUUUUCGUGACGGGAAUACAAGAAGCUCGAGGCUUGCAGUGUUUUUGUGAAAGAUGUGUGAACAGCACGUGCCACACAGACGGCCUGUGCUUCGCCAGCCUUGUCCGGCACAGCAGCGGGCGCAUUGUGGCCACCGGCUCCAUGUGCCUGCGGGAGGCGGAGCUCAUCCCCAGGGACCGCCCCUUCCUGUGCGCCCCGUCCACCAAGGAGGGCAACGGCGUGUAUCCUCACUGCUGCAGCCUUGACAUGUGCAAUAAGGACCCUGUGGACUACGUCGACUUUCCAGACCCCACCCCCAGGAGUCCGGCACUAGGGCCCGUGGCUCUGGCGGCCGUGAUCGCAGGGCCCGUUGUCGUGCUGUGCUUCGUGCUGGUGCUGGUGUUCUACGUGUGCCACAGCCGUUCGGUCAUACACCACCGCGUGCCCAGCGAGGAGGACCCCUCCAUGGAGCACCCGUUCCUGGCCGACGGCACCACGCUGAAGGAGCUCAUAUACGACAUGACCACUUCAGGCUCCGGCUCAGGCCUGCCGCUGCUGGUGCAGAGGACCAUCGCCAGGACCAUCAUCCUGCAGGAAAGCAUUGGGAAGGGCCGCUUUGGCGAGGUGUGGCGCGGUCGCUGGCGGGGGGAGGAGGUGGCUGUGAAGAUCUUCUCCUCCCGCGAGGAACGCUCCUGGUUCCGUGAGGCGGAGAUCUACCAGACCGUCAUGCUCCGCCACGAGAACAUCCUGGGCUUCAUCGCCGCCGACAACAAAGAUAAUGGCACUUGGACCCAGCUGUGGUUAGUAUCGGAUUACCACGAGCAUGGUUCCCUUUUUGACUACCUGAACAGAUACACAGUCACAGUGGAAGGCAUGAUCAAGCUCUCUCUGUCCACCGCCAGUGGCCUGGCUCACCUCCACAUGGAGAUAGUGGGCACUCAGGGUAAGCCUGCCAUUGCCCAUCGUGACCUCAAGUCCAAGAAUAUCCUGGUCAAGAAGAAUGGCACCUGCUGUAUCGCCGACUUGGGCCUGGCAGUGCGCCACGACUCUGCCACAGACACCAUUGACAUCGCACCCAACCACAGAGUAGGCACCAAAAGGUACAUGGCUCCAGAGGUGUUGGACGACUCCAUAAACAUGAAACACUUUGAAUCCUUCAAGCGGGCAGAUAUCUACGCCAUCGGGCUGGUGUUCUGGGAGAUUGCACGGAGGUGCUCCAUAGGAGGCAUCCAUGAAGACUACCAGCUGCCCUACUACGACCUGGUGCAGUCCGACCCCUCUGUGGAGGAGAUGAAGAGGGUGGUGUGUGACCAGAAGCUACGGCCCAAUAUCCCCAAUAGGUGGCAGAGCUGCGAGGCGUUGCGUGUGAUGGCCAAGAUCAUGAGAGAGUGCUGGUAUGCCAACGCGGCUGCACGCCUCACAGCCCUGCGCAUCAAGAAGUCCCUCUCCCAGCUCAGCCAGCAGGAGGGAAUCAAGAUGUAGACAGAGAGAGAGAGAGCUCAUGGACCAUCUUUUUUUUUCUCUCUCUCUCUCUCUCUGCCCCUCCUUCUUUCUCUAUCUCUCUUUCCGUCUCUGUCUCUCAGCAAUAUCUCAGCCUCUUUUGAUCCGAGAGUCAGUCGGGGCGGAACUUUUCUCUCUUCAAGUAUUUAUUACCCAUCAGGGUCCAGAGCCCAGUCCAGCUGGGCUUAGCUUUGAAGCAGCUGUUGAGGGGCGGGAGUGACCAUGCGGCAAGGCCACCUUCAUGAAAAAGCUUGGCGGCCGGCGUGCAUGCACCCUCAUGAAGGAGUUGGCGUGGACUGGGCUCUCUGGAGGUAUGACUGGGCAGGGGGAGGAGACUAUAGGCCACUCAGUGUAGGGAGGAGAGUGUCCCCUCCACCUCCUUCAUAACCACCGUCUGCCAGGCGCCAAUGGCCUUUUGCUUCAGUGGCACAUCAGAGCAGCACAGGAAGACCAAGAAGAGUCCGAUAAGCUGAAUGGAAACGCACAUCACCUCACGCACCAUCCUCUUUUUGAUAAAUCUCUUGGGUUCAAACAGCAAUGUACAAAGAGAGACCCGUGCCUCAGUGGACCAGAGGAGAGACAUGAGAGGGAAUAUGGUGUCUUUUCUCAGUCACUGCGUCAGGUACCUACAGCCCCCCCUGGACUCUGGACGCCCCCUCAACCCACACAGGCUCCGUUUCAUUCUCGAGUGGCACUUGUGGGCAGGGCCUCGUUCAGUGUCUCUGCGGUCACACCACGUGACAUAUGCAAUAUGUAUGCUCACUGUUUUGUAUAUAUGUAUCCAUACAUGUAGAUAUUCAUUGAGAAAAAAAACUGCUUGUCAUGGUUUUGUAUGCUGAAGUAUUUAUGCGUACGUACAUAUGGGCAGGUGAACACGGUGUGCUGUGUAUGUGUGUGUACAUACAUACAGCUGUAGAGAUCAUUGAUACCUCUGUAUUUUUUCACAUUUACUGCAGUGUUGUUUGUUUGUUUGUUUGUUUUGCAAACCAUGACAUGGUGUUCAAACUGUGCUCAUCUGACCUUUUUGGGUCAUUUUGAUGGUUCAGUAUGAGGACCUCCCGAGUUGUGAAUGACGGUGAGUUUGUGUGGGUGUGUGUUGUUACAUUGUCUCAGAAAGUGUUGCCAGAGUGUAGCGUGCUCACCGGUUUGAGCUGGUCUCUGGUCUGUGACCAAAACAGAGUUGUGUCAAAGUGACAGGUUGAUUGACAGGUUUAUCAGUAGCAGUGAAAGGUGAACUAGCAAGGGAGGUUUCAACAAGCGGCAUGUAGACUAGUUACAGUAUAUUCAUGUCAGUUCAGGACUCAAGAGUCACGGUAACACUCACAGAAGUAAAGAGCAGUGCUUUGUGACUUAAUAUUGACCUUGAUACAACACAUGAGAAUGAAAAUAUCUAGAGAUACACCGAUUGCAAUUUUCUGGACCGGUUCCAAUUUCCGAUUUUUCAUAGUUUGACCUGCCGAUACCGAUUUUCGCUUCUUCUAACCACUUUACAGCACACACAAAUAAUUAUUUUGUAUCUGGGACAUUAAUUUCACACACUACUAAAUGCACUGUGUUAUGGAACAACCAUUUUUUUCUUCUCUCAUCCAAUAUCCAACUAAAAAUACAAAAAUAUUGUCAUGGCCGAUUGCGUAAAAAUCAGCCAAUUCCGGUCACCAGCCGAUCUAUCGGUGCAUCUCUGAAAAUAUCUCAUGUGCUCUCCUUAUGAAGACGAUAAUAUGUUCAGUAAUAAUUGGCCUUUUUUCUUUGUUGCAUUUACCCAUGCCAUGUUCACGUUAGCAUUCAACUGCAUUACCUUUUAUAUCAGAAAACAUAGUGAACAUUUGCAGAAUUUACUAAUGUAGUCCUCUGUCCUUUUUUCAUAUCGUUUCAUGUGUCCAUGCUGCCUUUUCAUCAUUAGAAAAGCCAAUUUUAUUUUGGCAGAUUACUUUUUCUCCUAUAGCUGUUACAACCCUGAUUAGACCAUUAAGACAGCUGAUGGUCUUUGACAGUGCUGUCUAAAGCAGUAAGGUCUUUACCUACUGACCUCUUCAUUGCCAGAGGUCAUCUUCUAUAUGGGUUGAAUCUGUGAAUUUUGAAUAUGUAGCUGCUAUAACGUGUGACUAUGGAUUCCUAAUGUUCAUUAUGGACAGGCUUUCAGCAGGAAGCUUUGCCGCUCUAGUUCAAGAGACAAAAAGAGUCUUUUACAGGCAUUGUCAGAUGACGUGUGUGUGUGUGUGUGUUUGUGUAUGUGUGUGUGUGAGAGAGAAUAUGCUUAGAAGAUGUCACAUUACGUUUUGAAAGGAAACAUUGCAUUGGUGGAUUUGAAAGGAAAGCAUUGUGCUUUGGGGGAGCUCAGUGCCUCAAAAGUGCCUGAAAUUCUCUCGUGCCAUUUUGCACCAUGCACACAAUACGCUUUUUUUUGGGGAUUUCAAUAGCUCAAUUACAGUGCAGGGUGCUGGUCCUCCUGGUCUUAUCAAGGCAUUGUCAUAAUGUGUUCUGUUGUGGAGUGAUUUUUUUUAUUAUUUUUUUUAAGAGGUUUAAGGACAGGAUCAUGCACGCAUGCUGCUAUGAUAUACGGUGAACCAAAAAAAUAGCUCCUCUGUUCCAGAGAGGUGAGACCAGGGGCCUGCCUUGCCUACCAAGCAGCUCGUGGAGACUCCUUUGAACCUCCACUGACACUUUCUCCUAUAGCAUUCAUUGCCCUGCUCCUGUGCAGCAUUCCAGAAUCACCAGCAGCCUAUUUUUUGCUUUUCUAAAACUCGAUGGUCAAAAGCUCCCAUCCAGGUAUCCUCUCCUCUCAGACAUCCAGGUAUUCUUCUACAGCCUCUUAAGCCUCACCAGCUCUGACUGAACCAACCUACACAUCCUCAGCUCAGUAUUGCCUUCUCAUGUGUACACAACCUUUUGUAUAUCUGGAGUGUGUGCGCACACACACACACACACACACACGUGCGCGCGUGUGUGCGUCCGACGUGUGUAACUAUGUGCGUGCAUUCCUGUUCAUUGGUAGCCAACAAGUUUUUGCAACAAGAGUUCUUUUUUGACUGGCGUGGCUUCCUGUGGUGACUCUUCGUGCUGUGUCGCUGUGUUAACACUGUUGUCUGGGCGAGUGGUCAGACUGGUGGAGUGGUUUGGUGUCAGCCAGACUGCCGUCGAAAAUGUGUGUUACUGUGCCAUUGUCGGUUACUAAGAUGGCCAUUGCCGGUUACUAAGAUGGCCAUUGCCGGUUACUAAGAUGGCCAUUGCCUUUUGUCACCCUUCUGUGACCCAAACCUAAAUUGCAAUUUACUAAAUGACUGAAUGCAUUGUUGUGUCUGACAUUACAUUCGGUGGUUAUCAGAAGAGAAGAGGCUUCCUAGUCACUGCCUGGAAUACAUAUGCUUUAAUAUGCAAGGGGGAGGGUUAAAUGAUCAUCUGGAUUUAAGGCAGAUUGAAGUAGAAGUGCCUCUAGCUUUUCUAAGCAUUGUGCAAUCUUUAGUAUAUAAUGUUGUAAUGGUCCUCUUUAAACAACUAACAACAGAAACAAGUAAUUUAGACAUUGCAUCUGCAUUUUGGUGGUGCCUAAAAAGCAAUUCUUAAUCUAACUGUAAACAUUCCAUAAUUUAGCCCUAGUCUUAAGGAUGCAAGAGACUAACAGUUUUGUUGAUUUGAUAGGAGUAAGUACAGUACAUUCAUACAAAAAAAAAUGCAAAGGCUUGGACCUGAGCUUGUUCUGACAGGACAUUGCGGAUGCAUAUACAAAAUACCUCUGUUUUUCGUGCGUUCCUCGAUUGAAGGAGCAUCCAAUGGAAAAGGUUUGGGCACAGAUAGGGGUUAUGCUGUAACAACUGUUCACAACAUUGCCACAGUUGCUUUGCUGCUCAAAGGCCAUUGCAUACAGGCUUCUGGAAGAUUUCUCUUUUUGUGCUUAGUGCCUAGUUUCUUCAUGAAGCAUGUUGACCCUUUGGUUAGUUUUCUUUUAAGUGUCUUGUGUUAUGAUGUGAUCAAGAGAGCAUAAUUGUAAUUGAAGAAGUUUGAAGUCUCAAAAUCUUGAAAGUUUAUUUAAUCUCAAAUGAAAAUAAUAAGGCGUAAAAAUACCUCUCUUGUUUAGACCAAUGUUUUUGUUUACCUCAGUGUGUAUAAAGUUUUUAUUGAUUGUUUUAUUUUGUCCUCUAGAUCUGACUUCAUUUUUAUGUCAUAUCUACAUGGUGUGUGUGUUGGGGGGGGGGGGUGUAAAAUGCACAUACAUUUGGGGGGAUUGGGAAAAUUAUUGUAGCAAAGAUGUUUUUCUCUCUUAUUCAUACCUUUGCAGUAUUUGAUGGUUUGCAUAUGAAAGAAUGUUGCUUUUUCUCUCGGUUCAUGUUCUGAACAGAGCCUUGUUUAAUGGGUCAUUCUCCAUUGGUCAAAAGAAUGGUUAUUCUCUGACCUAUUCUAAGGUCACUAUCUAUCCUUAGCUUACAGUGUUUUGUUUGUUUUGUAAAGUGCACAAAGGAAGGAAUGUUCAAUGUGGGAAGCUAGAAGCCAGUUGAUUAUGUAUGGUUCCAACUAACAUUAGCAAGGUAGAAUGUUAUGUUAAUAAAUUAUGUUAAUAAAUCUUUACUGUUGAA